AUGGGCGACUGGAAUUUCCUUGGAGGGAUUUUGGAGGAAGUUCAUGUCCACUCCACCAUUGUUGGGAAAAUAUGGCUGACAAUCCUUUUCAUAUUCCGCAUGCUUGUCCUUGGAGUGGCUGCUGAAGACGUAUGGAAUGAUGAGCAGUCAGAGUUCAUCUGUAACACUGAGCAGCCCGGCUGCAGAAACGUGUGCUACGACAAGGCUUUUCCAAUCUCCCUCAUACGCUACUGGGUUUUGCAGGUCAUCUUCGUGUCUUCGCCAUCCCUAGUGUAUAUGGGCCAUGCCCUAUACAGGCUCAGGGCGCUGGAGAAAGAAAGGCAGAAGAAGAAAGUGGAGCUGAAGGGUGAACUGGAAGAGACUGAGACCAUGCUGGAAGACAGGCGCAGGUUAGAGCGAGAGUUAAGACUGUUGGAGCGUAGAAAAUUAAACAAAGCACCGCUCAGAGGCUCUCUGCUCAGCACUUACGUCCUGCACAUUCUCACCAGGUCUGUGGUCGAGGUUGGAUUUAUGAUGGGUCAGUUUUUGCUCUAUGGACUGGAGUUAGAUCCUCUGUACAAGUGCAAACGGUUGCCCUGCCCCAACAUUGUGGACUGCUUUGUGUCCAGACCCACCGAGAAGAGCGUUUUCAUGCUAUUCAUGCUGUGCAUCUCAGCAGUUUCCCUCUUUCUGAACAUCCUCGAAAUCAUUCAUCUGGGCUGUAAGAAGUCGGAGUUGGGGCUUUUUGGAUAUUAUCCCAAACUGAAAGAGGACGUGGGUGAUAUCUGCAUCAGCAAGUCACAGAAGAAUUCAAGUGCUCAGCGAAUCUCUGUCUCGGCAGCGGGACACACACACACCAUGGUCCCCAGUGCUCCAAUUGGUUACAGCUUGUUGCUGGAGAAACAAGCGGAGGCUACAAUGUAUCCGAUAUUUACACCUCCCGAGUUCAAACCCACUCAGGAUGAUUUGAAACAAAGUUAUAAAGAAACGCAACAGCAGCCUCCCAUGGCCACUCAAUAUAAUGCAGACUCUAGCACAGCGUUAAGUUGCACUGAAGGACCCAAAAAGUCCAGCGGAUCGGAAGUUCCUAGUCAAAAGGGUGAAGAAUGGAAUGAGCCCUCAAAGACGGCUUCCCUUCCCACCCGGAACUCGCACUCAGCCAGUCAGAUGGAGCAGUCCACCGCCGGUACCUUAUACCCGGCUCUUCACAGCGCCCCGUUCCCCCCCGUGAUUUCCGCCAGCGCCAGUCGCAAGCUCCGCCGAGUCAGCGCCACCUUGAGCUGCGCCACAGUGGCCGAGCGCAGCGGCUCCGCCACCGACUCUGAGCCCGGUCACAGGGGCAGGUGUGGUUUCAGUGUGACCAGGGCCCGGACAGCUUCUAAAGGCGACCUCAAAAGGCCCAGCAGACCCGACACUCCCGAGUCAAUCUGUGAAUCGAGCUCCGAGUCGAAGCCCAGCGGAGACGGCGAUAGUCCCCAGCAGGCUCUCUCUCCCUCACGGAGAAUGUCAUUGGCAAGUAACGCCAGCGGCAGGCGUGCUCCCACCGACCUCCAGAUAUGAGCGUCAGUUUAAUUAAUACCUUAUUUCUGCUAAAUAUAAGAAUACAUGCUUGGACCUUAGCAAAGUGGGGUUGUUUUGUUCCUAGAUUUCACCUUUAGAUCAACAGUAAUGUGCUGCCAGUGCAACCUGUCAUAUGAAAAUGUGACCAUGAAAUAGAAACAGCGAAUAAAGUCUCGCA